AUGAACUCUGACGAUGCUGACGGUCCGGCAUGUCCAGUUGCGAUUCGCCCGUACAGCAUGACAACCGCUGGCUCAUUAACGAUGAGCGGAAUCGGCAAUGGGGCGGCAGCUGCCCUACAGAUGGGACCGAUGGUCGGUUCGACGCCGGCCGCCCUAAGCUCAGCGGCCACUGUUGGCUUGCCGACGGGUCUCGCCAUCGGCAACAUCGACAUCACGAAUUCAUGGUGUCAUCAGUUUCCCAGCUAUCAUGAUAUCCGACCUAUGGCAGACAAUGGCAACUAUGACCAUGAGAUAGCUGCGAUUAAUUAUCAAGACCUAUCGACAGCUCAGAAAUACGAACCGCUCAAGUACGACUACGGUGACAUCGCAUCGAAGCAGUACGAACAACGACUCUAUCACAAAGAACCGGACCGGCUUGUUAAAGAAGAAGAAGUGAAAUACGAACAAGACGAGCGAUGUACUGAUGCAGGAAGAGAGGGUAGUGUGGCGCCAGCGAAACGCGGUCGUCCGACAGAGAAUCCGUGUUGGGGAUACUUUAUUCGAUUAGACGAUCAGAAUGUUAGAUGUCGACUUUGCAAUAAAGUAGUAAAAUCUGCUUGUGCGACGAAUAUGACAAAACAUCUUGAACGACAUCAUCAAAAUGACUAUCAACAAUUAAUUGUGCAAAUUAAACAAUAUCGACAGCAGAAAGGACCACUGGCAAGUGGGGUGUCGUCACCAGAUUCGCAUAAUCAAUCGUGUAUUCUCUCAAAGAACAAUCAUUAUGUGAAAUCAGAAAACUACGCACAACAAUUAUACUCGCAAUUCGAUCGUGAUGAUGUGUUGAGGAACUGUACGAGCUACGACCGGCAAGAGCACUCAUUUGUCUGGCAACGAAGUCAGUGGAAUCAGUGGACAACCACCCAUGACCCUACUUCCUCUGGAAUCGACAUGACUGGAGUUUUACACGGUUGUAAUGGAUCUCCGUCUAGCAAUGGAUGGAAUGCGAUCACUCCAACCACGUCCGGUGGAGUAGUCGAGAAACCAUACAUGAAACGAAACAGGAAAACCGAACAUCCUGUCUGGGAAUAUUUCAAACGAACCGCUGAUGGUAAUGCCCAAUGUGGAAUCUGUACUGGUGUUGUUAAGAGCCCGUGUUCAUCAAAUUUCAUGAGACAUCUGAUGCGACAUCAUUCAUCGGAAUACAAUGAUGUUUAUGUGAAAUGGGUCCAGAAGAGAGGACCAAAUAAGUAA